UAGAUCAUAUGGUGAAUGAUAGGAAUAUUGGAAUAUUUUAUUGUAGUUCAAUUAUCGUAAUAUUAUUUUUUCUUUUGAAUGUUAUGAAACUACGAUUAUUUAAUUUCUUAGAAAAUUUUGCGAAGAAUAAUUUACUUGUAAACUUAACGUUAAUGUUCCUUUCUGGGAAUUGAAGUGUUAUAUAUUAAUUUGGUGAACAGUUUAGUAUGAAGUUUUGAAACCAGACAUGCCACGGAGCAAUAUUCCAUUAAGAUCUAUGCGAUAUUUCUCCAAUAGAAAACAUAACAGCGUUGCAAGAUCACAUAUUAAAAGAAGCUCUGGUGCACAACCAGCCGACGAUCAAGAAGGACAGGCUUGUCCUGUAAAUAAUAUUUUAGUUUUACCAAAAAAUUCAGAAACUACCAUCAACGUUAUCAGUUCCAAUAAUCGGUCUUGUUCUCAUGGCAAUUUAUUCAAAAAAAUUAAGGGCCGUAAAAGGAGGGAAAAACAACGUUUAAAAAAAAGACACAAUUUCGAGGAUGAUGUGAAACCUGUCAUCACAAAAGUCAAUUCAAUGGAUAGUGAAAGGAUGAAACCUAGAUUGAAUAAGCAUAUUAUAUUUUUAUCAGAUUCUGAUGAUGAAAAUGAUAUGGUUGAUCAAAAAAAACCUGAUGCUAGUUCUAGUUUGGCCGAUACAGGUAACUGUGAGGAAGAUGAUGAUGUUAUAUUUGUUGAAACACCUGCUGCUGAAAUAAUUGAGAUUGAUGAUGGCACAGAGCAGAAUGAAAGUCUAGAAGAUGUGCACAACACUUUAGACAAAUCUAAUGAUCAGGAAAACUCUCUAGAUACCAAUGAUUUUUUGGAUAAUGCAGAUAUCAACUUGAAAUCUAAAUUCAAUUUUGAACUACAUGGUUCAGAAUUUAAAGGGGCAGAGUUCCUCAAACCAUCAGUACCUGUAGAUGUGUCUGAAUCUGGAAGUCAUUCCAGUAUUUCAGAUGUAAGUGCUUCAAUUGGUAUGAAUGUAUUCAAUGUAUGUGAUUUUCCCCAGGAAAAAGACAAUUUAUUUGAUGACAACAAUUUAGAGAAGUUCAGAAAGUCGAUAACUCCACAAAGACCAAGUAGGAAAUCAAGGAAUAAUUCAAAAGAUGAUACUCUAGAAUAUAGAAGAAAAACAAAUGAUACUUUACCAAUAUUGUCAGAUAUACAAGAGGAAACCAAUAAUAGGAAGCAAAGAGGAAGAUCUAUUAUUAAAGAACUCGUUAAUCAUAGAGCGCAUGUUUUAUUAUCUACAGCACAAAAGAAACUCAAGAAUAAAAAACGUAAAUCUAAAGAUGAAUUAUCGGAUACUUUGGAAGAAGAGAAUGUCAGUGAUUCCCAAGAGUUAAUGAAGAGAAAGAAAAAGAAGAAAUUAAAAAAGCAGGAUAAUAUAUCCGAAGACAUCAAUUCUGAAAUAACAAAUAGUUCAUUCGGGGUUAAUACAGAAGAUGAUGGAAAAAAUAAAAAACAAAAAGAAUCUAAUGAAGAUGGUGUUAGUGAGGUUUCUACUAAUCUAGACACAGAUUUGUUUGAAUCUUCUGAAUUGCAUAUUAGUAAAAAAUCAAAAAAAAGUAAACGACAACAUUCUGAUGCAAUUGUUGAGGAAGAAAGGAAGAAAAAGAAAUCCAAAAAGGCCAUAGAAGAAACUUCAGAUGAUGGUGCCAGAAAAAGUGAAGUUGAGAAGUCUCAAAAUUUGCCAGAGGAAUGUCAUGAUGAAAGGAAGAGAAAGAAGAAUAAAAAGGCUUCUGAAAUAAACAUUGAACAUGGCUGUGCAAAGAAAGAUUUACAACUUCUGGAUGUGAGCAUCCAAGAAAAAAAUGAGGAAAAGAAGAAGAAAAAGAGCAAGAAAAAUAUUUUCAUUGAAGUAUCCAAAGAGGUAGCGAAGGAAAAUCUUGAAAUUUUGGUAAAUGAGAAUGAAUCAUUAAUAAACAGGAAAAAUAAAGGCAAACAACAAUGUAAUGAAUCUAUAAGUCAGAAUGAUGAUACACAAGAAAAGAAUUGUACAGAAGGUUCAACUAGUUCCCACAAUAAAGAACUAAAUGAGAUUGUAGAAAAGUCAGAGGGAGUUUUAAAUACAACUGAAGAUAUUGUGAAUGCGGGAGAGAAGAAUAGUAUUAAAGAUCAAGUGCUCCCAAGUGAAACGAUCAGUGUUGAUACUGAUGAAAAAAAAGUUAUGAUUGAGAAUAUGGAAACCUGUAAAAUUGUUUUUAGUGAAACAUUAAAAAUUGAUCAAUUUUCAAACCAAAUCCCAGAAUUCAAGAACACACAAGAGCUUCAAGUAUCUAUCGUAGAAAGUGAAAGUAAUGAAAAAUCAAACAUAUUGCAAGAUGAUGAGAAAUAUAUAUCCGAAAAAGGAGAAAAAAAUUAUGGUGGAACUCCUGUAGUAUCUUUUGCGAAUAUUGGGAAGGAAAUCCAAAAUGACUCUCAUAACUUAGAAAUAGGUCUUCAAGAAAAUAGUGGAGAUCAGAAAAAGAAGAAAACUAAAAGAAUUUCAGAGAUUUCAGUUGAAUCAUUUGAACCAAAGAGGAUCAAACUAACCAAUGAAAAAAUAACUAAUAGUGUUGAUGAAAUUUCACAUCCUCAAAAUGAUGAAAUAAUAAUAGAUAAUGUAAAAAAAAAUCAGAUUGAUGAACUAUUGACGAUAAAUGAUAUUACUGAAGAAAAAAAAUCCCUGGAAAUUUUACCUAACUUAGAAAAUGAAUCAUCGCAAAACAAGAUUGUGGAUAAAGCUCUUGAAGGUCAUAAUGAAACAGAAUGUAUACAAAAUAGAUCUAAGAAUAUGGAAGAGAAGGAAGGAGUUCGGGAUAAUAUUGAGAAAAACACCUUAGAAGAAAAUAAUUCAUUAGGAGGUAUGGAAGUCUGUAUUUCUGAUGAAAGUAAGAAAGCCGAUAAUUUCCAUUUUGAAGAUCCAAUGGUAGUUGUUGACAGUGAAGGAAACGUCGAUAUGAAAAUAGUAAAAGUAUUUUCUACAGGAACCAAGUCUAUAUUUCCUGAAGAAAAUAACUUUACAGAUGAUGUGGAAAUUGAUAAUUUCUUAGAUAAUCGAGUUGCCUCUUGGACUCCUCAUCCAUCUAAAUUUUCCUCCUAUAAUGAGUCUUUGUUCAAUGAUGGGAAUAGACGGGAUAAAAUUAUUGAAGAUCCAAUCGAGGAAAUUGUUGCAGAAGAGCCUAUGACUACUAACGGAUCUUUAAAUGAAGAUUUGCAACCAAGUCAAACGUCUGCAUUGGAAUGUGCAGUCUCAACUAUAACCUUACAGAAUAAUGUUGAAACAGCAACAGUGCAAGAGGAAAAAAAUGAUAGAAAUGAAAAUUGUUCUGUCGCAAUUACUCCUGAUGAAAAUUUGAAACAGGAUAUUUUGGUAAAAGUUGAAGAAGAAUCUAAUGACAAGGUUGAGUUAGCAGUCGAAACAAAUUCGAAUGUAACUUUGCAAAAUACAAAAAAAUCAUCAACUUUUAAUGAAAAUUCAGACAGUGAAUCGUUUAAUGAAGAAUUACCCAACGAAAUUGAAGAAAUCUUCAAAGAAAAAGAGAAUCACAAUACAGUUAGGAGAUUGUGUGAAUUUCUGGAAGAAGUGAAUGAUCCAAAUGAUGUCUUGAAGAAAGUUUCCUUGUUGAAGCAAGCAUUUACGAACAAAGUUCAACAUAUGGUGAGAAUGAAGGAAGUAGUGAAAACCUCAAAUGAUGAUGAUGAUGAUGAUGAUGAAGUUUUAUCUAUCUCGUCUAGUACUUCUUCAGUGAUGUGUCUAGAAGAUAGCGUUUCGGUUGUUAGUAUUGACGAUGAUAUAACUUUGGCAAAUUGUGAUCUACCUGAUGAUGCGAAAAAUGAAAAAAGUACGGAUAACAUUUCAGCAAUUCUUCACGAUACAAAUAAUGUGUUGAAAGAAAAUGACGAGAUUCAAAGUUACCAAAAUCAAUCUAUAUCUAAUUCUACUCUGAAAUCAGGUGGGAAUACACAGAAAGGUCUUGACAAAUAUGAAGUGGAGGAUAUUCAAGAAACUAUGUCAGAUGAUCCCAAAUUGUGGAAGAUUUUCAUUGAAGAUGUAAAUCCUCCAAAACUCCCUACCAAAGGCAAAAGAUGCAUAAAAUGCAAAGAAAUAGGUCACUUGGGGUAUAAUUGUCCAAAUAGGUUGAAUCUGCCCAAUUGUGCAUUAUGUGGAAUGGAAGGACAUCUGGAUUUCAGAUGCCCUAACAGGAUUUGUAUUCAGUGUGGAAGAAAAGCCCCUGUGUUACAAAACUUCUGUGACCAUUGUAAGCAUUAUAAGAAUCUCACAUGCACAAUAUGCAAAAAUAAGGGACAUCCAAAGAUCAAAUGUCCAGAUUUUUGGCGAAGAUAUCACCUGACAGUCAAUCAUGGCCCAUUAGUACAGAGAGAAGCUUUGAAAUUGAAGGAGAAAAAAAAUUUAUGGUGUAGUUCUUGUGCCAGAUGUGGACAUCUAGAAUAUGAAUGUAAAACGUCUAGCAGAAAAAUCAAGAAUUAUCAAUCAUUCGAUCCAAGAGUUCAUCAAUAUGAAGAUAUUUAUAAAAUAGAAAAAAAGACAAGUAAUCUUGAAUCUGUUCAUCCUAAUCUAGAGGAGGUUCCACAAAUCACCCAGCUUAUUCCAAACAAUGAUGGCAGUUCAAGUAGUAAUAGCUCUACUUCUGCCUCCAGUGAAAACUUAGACGGAAAUCAGAACACUUCGGUUGUGUCUUCAAGCAACGCUGAAGAUUUGAAUCAGUCCAUUGAUAGUACAGCCGAAGGACUCAACACUUUACCUCCCGAAUUUGAGGUUAUUGAUGAAGUAAACGACGAAACUCAAGGGAUUGUUGAGAGUAUAGCAAAUCCAGAGAAUUACACUCUUUUCAUGACAGGUUCCGUUGGAUCUCUAAAACAUUUUUUGAGUACAGAACUGACCUUUCUUGAGACUUUCAAGUUUGAUAUUAGAAAUAUUCAAUUCCGCUUUUUUACCUUUCAAGAAGAUAAUAAGCGAUUGAAAUGCAGAUUUCCAAUUAGUCGUAAACGACAGUUUUAUAAAGAACUAAAUAUGCUUCUUUUUGGAAAGUUGCAAGUCAAAUGUGGUAGAGUGCACACAGAUAAACUAAAACAUUUUGUUAAUCAUACAGUUGAUUCAUUGACCAUUCAAACAAGAGAAUCUCUGUACUACUCCUACGAUUACAUCUUUCGAGAUAAACUACAUGAUCAUGUUAAUUAUCAGUUUUUCAUGAAGAUGUUGAGGCAAAAUUAUGGAUUUCAAAGGUGGUUACACUGAAAAACACAGUUUUUUUUUUGUUGUUACAUUUCAUUGACAAUUGUGAUUCUUGAAAUAAAGUAAUUUACUAUUUUAUUUAUCAAAAGGUUUUUUAAUUUUUCAAAUGAAUUGCUAGAGGAAACAAUUGUAACUUACCUAAUUUUCUGAUGAAGUUGUAUCAUACCAACUAAACAUAAACGUAUCAAAAAAAUAUAUUUCUGUAAAGAUAAAGUACAUAAAGAUUGAUAGUGUCUAAAACUUAGACACUUUUAUUGUUUAUAUUUUAAUGAUGAUCUGGUCUUUGUAUUUAUCCGGUUGUAAAUAAAUUGUUUUAAAGUUUAUCUUUCAAUAAUGUAUAUUCCAAAAUUUGUUACAAAACUACAAUAAUAAAAACAGAUCAUGCAAAAAUUACAAGAUAUACAAAUAUAACAAUCAACCAUC